CAGUGAAAAUUACGUUCUUUGAGAAUAUCGGAAAAAUAUCCAAGACCAAAAUGUUGAAAGUCGUAGUUUUUUUCGGGUUAAUUGCUGGUUCAUUCGCUGUGAAUUAUAUCACUGGAAGUUGCCCAAAUGUAACCCCUAUGAGUCCGGUUGAUCUGAAUGAGAUCGCUGGAGACUGGUGGUCACUUCUUCGGGACGAUCAUAGUUGGGAUCUUGAUGCAACUUGUAUCUUGGACCAUUUCGAGCCACCUGUAAACGGCGUGAUCAGAGCUGUUGCCAGUAGUAUUUCGAUAUCGACCAACAUACUUUCAGUGAUGGAAUCCAACGUAACUUUGACAGAAGACAAUAUAUUACGUUUUAGUCACCAUCGACCAGCUUGGGGUGACUCUGAGCAAUACCAGAUUGUUCUUGAUUCAGUUCCUGAUACUUAUGCUAUAGUCUACAGCUGUAAAAAUUAUCGAACCACGUACGUUGAGAGAUUCUGGGUCUUCGGAAGAAAUAGUAAUCAAUCCGGGUAUUUUACCAACGAAAAUUAUUUGAUGCAAGUAUUGGACAAUUAUGGUCUUAAGUAUCCAAAUUGGGUUAAAGUUAAUAACGAAAACUGUUAUUGCUCGACUCAACGCGAAGCGUGAGUUGUGCUUUACUCUCACUCUCUCAAGGUCAAGCGAUUAUUUCGGCUUAAAUUGUUUUUAUCCGAUCCUUUUUGCACUUUGAGUAUUAAAUGAGUUGACAAAUAUCAACAAUAACACUUUUUUAUGACAGUAGAUACUUAAAAAAACACUAUUUUUGCAAGAUAGUAAAUAAAAAACCGUUUUGAAAAAAUAUUUCGGUGGACGUCGGGUUGUCUGUAUGUGCGGAUGAUGUAUGUGGUCACGAUAACGCCCAAAAAACUUCACUUUUUGAGUCAAUUUUUUUUUCAUUCACUUCAGUAUCAUUCUGAGUAAUAGCCUAUUUCAAAUUAUCGUCUUAUGCAAUGUAAUUUAAUUGAAAAAUGAAUAAAUUCAUUAACAGUGAACAGUCUUUCUUGUAUAUCUAUAUCUAUAUAUAUAGAAAAAUUAAAAAAUAGUUCAAUCUUUGGCCACAUAUGGACUUAAGUCGCGGAAAAAUAAAUACUAUUCGCGGGAAAAUUCAAAAGAAAUUUUUUCUUUUAUUUUAUUUAAUACUUUUACGGAGUAUUUAUAUAUGCUUGAAUAUUGAGUAACUGAUUAAUGAUUAAUGAUUAUUUUUGUCAUAAAAUGAGCGUUGAGACGUGCACUUUUUGAUUUUCCAAACUUUUUAAUUUUUUUUACGCAAUGUCUAAAUAUACAGAAAAAAACCUGUGUUCGGAAUAGCCUACCGCGUGGCACGUUAUCGUGUCGCACAUUUAUCACAUAUUCUAUCCCACCUAUUUCUGUACACUUAUCCGCGUCGUUUUUUUAAAUGUAAUUUGUUGUCUGAUUAAAAAAAAUAAAUGAAUCUUGUCAUA